AUGACUGACGCCCAGUACUUCAUCGACUCGGCACGGCAGCAGUACAACGACCUUGCUGGUGGUCUCGAGAGACACUUCGAAAAUGUUGCGACGCAGUUAAGAGACUGGUUACCUGAGCAGAUGCGGCCUCGUCCUCCGCCACCGCCUCCACCUCGCUCACUCAGUCCUGCCACCUACUGGAACCAAAUCAACCGAUGGAUAUCGCGCAAUACCGCUUUGAGUGCUGGUAUUUUUGCCUUUGUCGGUACAGGUGCUGUCUUGGUGUUCAUACAGAGGUCGACACACGUGAAAAAGAGAAGAGCUAGGAAGUCAAACAAUGGUGCAAGGACAGAGGUUGUGGUCCUUGCUGGUUCUCCUACAUCACCCUUGACUACAGCUAUCGCUAUGGACCUUGAGCGUCGUGGCUUCAUCGUCUAUGUCAUCACCAGCACCAGAGAAGAUGAAGAACACCUGCGCAAGCAGUUGCGCCCGGAUGUGCUUCCCUUUGACCUUGAUCUCAUCCAUCCCGACAAAGCCGAAGGCCAAAUGCAACGCUUCCACCACUUCUUGUCCCGCCACCACCAUGCCUUCGACGGAGCUUCUGCCCAUCGUCUGACAUUAGCAGGUGUCAUUCUCGUUCCCGACGUCUCAUCUGUGACUGUCGGAUCGAUUGCCCAGCUCUCGCCAGAAGCUUGGUCGACUGCUCUGAAUGCAAAAGUCCUGCACACCAUCACCGUGGCAAGAUAUAUGCUUCCGCUUGUGACCGAGUUCAAGAGUAAAAUACUCCUUCUCACACCAAACGUCAUAUCGUCCUUGCGACCACCUUAUCGUGCAAUCGAAAGCACUGUGUCUUCUGCGCUAGGCGCGUUUGCUGCCUCUUUGUCCUCGGAGCUCGGUCUUCAAGGCUUACACGCCUGCCAUUUCAAGCUUGGAAACAUUGAAAUUGCGGGAAGCAAACAAAGACGAGACGAGAGCAGGAGGAUCAGGGGUGCUUUGGGUACACCCAUACGCAAACUUCACGAGGCGAUGUUUGAUGCGUUACACAGCAGCAAUCCCAGUCGUACAUGGCAUGUAGGCAGGGGUAGCUUGAUCUACGACUUCAUCGGAUCGUGGAUACCUAGUGGAGUUGUAGGUUGGAUGCUGGGAUUGCAGCACGCGCCUGGAAACGAGGAUCAGCACACUCCUGAAUCCGAAGAUUCUUCAAGCGACCGAUCGAUCACAUGGGAGAAAAUUUGA